GAUGAUCUUUCCCCGUUCCUACUCCAUCCAGCCUCCUGAGCCAGCCCCAUAGCAGACCAAAGGCAGACAGAGCAGUUGCAAGCGCUGCUAGCUGAGAUUAAGGUGUUCAGAGUUCCUGAUUUGCCGUUGACUCAGUGCCAGUGUUGCUGUGGGCACUCAGCCGCUCAACAUCAAGUGAACAUUAUUAGGUGGUGCGAGGGGGAUGCAGCACCGAGGAGCGGGCUCGGCCGAGGGUCCCCUGACGGGAGAGGUUUGAAUGCCGGGAGCGCUUUGGAUGCCGGCGGCUGCAGCAGCAGCGUCUGUGAAGGUUGUACAGAGUUGGAAGCGACAUGAAUUCUUCGGUUCUCACCCCGCUGGGAAAUAUAACCGGUCUUCUGAAUUUUUCGGAGAAGAACUCACAGUUCUUGCAGUUUGAGGAUGAAGAUUGCCAUGUGCCUUUGGCCAUGGUCUUUACUUUGGCCUUGGCUUAUGGCACUGUGAUAAUUCUGGGAGUUUCUGGGAAUCUGGCCUUGAUUGUCAUUAUUUUAAAACAGAAGGAGAUGCGCAAUGUUACCAAUAUCCUCAUAGUCAACCUGUCCUUUUCUGAUCUUUUAGUGACUAUCAUGUGUCUUCCCUUUACCUUUGUAUAUACUUUAAUGGACCACUGGAUUUUUGGGGAGGCCAUGUGCAAAUUGAAUCCUUUUGUGCAAUGUGCCUCAAUUACAGUCUCAGUCUUUUCUUUAGUCCUCAUUGCUAUUGAACGCCACCAGCUGAUCAUUAAUCCUCGUGGCUGGAGGCCAAACAACAGACAUGCGUACAUGGGGAUUGCUGCCAUAUGGAUUUUAGCCACAGCUUCCUCUCUGCCUUUCCUGAUCUACCAUGUGUUAACAGAUGAACCCUUCAGAAACCUAACAUUUGAUGAAUAUAAGGACAAAUAUGUGUGCUUGGACCUGUUCCCUUUGGACACUGCUAGGCUCUCUUAUACCACAACGCUUUUAGUUAUUCAAUACUUCGGACCGCUUUGUUUUAUAUUUAUUUGUUACUUGAAGAUAUACAUACGGCUGAAAAAAAGGAACAACAUGAUGGACAAGAUAAGAGACAGUAAGUACAGAUCCUCUGAAACCAAAAGGAUCAACAUCAUGCUGAUCUCAAUAGUGGUUGCAUUUGCAGUUUGCUGGCUGCCCCUCACAAUCUUCAAUAUCGUCUUUGACUGGAAUCACGAAAUUUUGCCUGUUGCUACCUGUAGCCACAACCUGUUGUUCCUGAUCUGCCACCUCACUGCCAUGAUCUCUACCUGUGUGAACCCCAUCUUCUAUGGGUUUCUCAAUAAGAACUUCCAAAGGGACCUGCAAUUUUUAUUUCACUUUUGCCAUUUCCGCUCCCAUGAGGAGGAUUAUGAGACUAUAGCCAUGUCCACCAUGCACACAGAUGUUUCGAAAACCUCUUUAAAGCAGGCAAGCCCAGUUGCAUUUAAAAAAAUAAGUAGUGAUGAUGAUGAUAAAAUAUAA